AACGCAUCACUGCGUCAGCUGACCCGGAAGUGGACGUCAGUUGUCUUCGCUUAGCAACAAACAGUCCUGUUAGCUGUUGUUCUGCUGUGUCUGAGACUUGUCUCUUCACAUAUUUCUUCAAAUUUGAUUGAAAAUGGCUGAAGUAGAGGAAACCCUGAAGAGAAUCCAGGGCCAGAAAGGAGUCCAGGGGAUCAUUGUGGUCAAUUCAGAAGGAAUCCCGGUCAAAACGACUCUGGACAACGCCAGCACGGUGCAGUACGCAGGGCUGAUCCACCAGCUGGUGAUGAAGGCCAGGAGCACGGUGAGAGACAUCGACCCCCAGAACGACCUCACCUUCCUGCGAGUGCGCUCAAAGAAGAACGAGAUCAUGAUCGCACCAGAUAAGGACUAUUUCUUGAUCGUCAUCCAGAACCCCACAGACUGAAGACGAACCUGCUGCUUCACUUUUUAUUUUCUUUGUCUGUCUCGCAUAUCAAAACAGCCAAUCUCUGGGAUCAGAUCUUGUUACAUCAAAAGAACUUGUUUUCCUGAAGCUUCUUACGCACCCGCUGUACCUGGAAACAACAACAGGACUUCAAAGUGGAUCAACUCCACGACAGGCAAUCACUCUGCAGCCAAAAGUCUUUCCCCUGUGUUUAAGCAUUCCAGCUCAGUCUCCUCUGUUAAUGCGUUCUGAUGUGAGGUCUCUGUAUAAUUUCAUGUGAAUUUUUUCUUCAAACCCAUUAAAACACAACAUGUAGGAAACUGGACGAGUGCUUAUGAAGUGCAGAGUGUACAAAAGAGAGAGGCCACAACUCAUUCAUAACGUUGAUUGUGUUUCCUGAAUCUAUCUCAGUUGUGAAAUACUUGGGUUUGUUAUUUAUGGAUUUUUUGGCAAAAGAUGUAGAAGUACAGUAUUUCUUUGGAGCAGAGAAACAACACUACAAACACUUCUCUGCUCUCGCCGAAUGAUGCAUCUUAUGGUUAUUUUUAACAAGUUCUGAAAUAAAAAAAGUACAAUGA